CACUACCCUGCCCAACAAAGAAGCUUGCAUGCAGACAGAAAAUCACCCAUCAAUCUUCCAUAAAAUUCCAAACUUUCCGAUCACAAAAGCAUGAGACGUGGCUCCAUACUUACCUUUCUUUGCUUCAAGUCUCAACCCCUUGUUUCUUUCUUUACCGCUUUAACUUUGCUUCCCUAAACCCUAUCACCUUCCUCAGUUUUUCUCUCGCUUUCUAUUACUUCUUCUCCAUGUUUCUUGCUCCUUUUGUAGGAAAAUGGGCGAGAAAAUCCGUUUCCACAGCCAUCUCUGCAACUAGCUUCAUUGUUUUCCUCAUUUUUGACUUUCUUGACAUAGUCUUUUGCAUUAUUUAUAGGUAUCUUGAUAAGUUGUUUGAGGGGAAGCCCUCCCCUUGUUAUUGUGGAGACAGGAGAGAGAUACAGAGGAGUAUGGGGGAUGAUGAAGACAGUGAGCUUUCUGAGACUUUAUAUGGAAGGACCAACGUGUUUAGGCAAAUUAGAUUUCUGGGUUUUGGAAGAAAUUCGGAGAAUCGCAAGAAAUCAUUUGGUGGUGGCAGUGGAAUAAGGAUUUGGUCUGAUUGUGGAUGUGAGUCUUGUGUUUCUUGGAUGAAAGAUGGUGGACAGAAUCUGCAUGUAGUUGUCAAGGAGCCUUCGACUGCUGCUUCUGAGAAUUGCCAUGGAGAUGUGACAGAGAAUGUGAUAUUCUUGCAUGGAUUCAUCUCCUCUUCUUCAUUUUGGACGGAAACAGUGUUUCCAAAUCUGUCUGAGCCUGUAAAGCGUAACUACAGACUAUUUGCUGUUGACCUUUUGGGAUUUGGAAGAAGCCCUAAGCCAAGGGAUUGUUAUUACACUCUAAGAGAUCACUUGGAGAUGAUUGAAAAGUCCGUCAUUAAUCCAUUUCAGUUGAAGUCUUUCCAUAUUGUUGCACAUUCCAUGGGUUGCAAUAUUUCAAUAGCUCUUGCUGCUAAAUACUGGCACUGUGUGAAAUCAGUCACUCUCGUAGCACCGCCUUACAUCUCAAGUUCAAAGGAAGAAGCAAGCUUUACAGCACUUCAUAAACUUGCUGGGAAGAGAUUGUGGCCACCAUUGUUGUUUUGUUCAUCAUUCAUGUCGUGGUAUGAACACUUAGGCCGAUGUGUCUGCUUAUUUGUCUGCCGAAACCAUAGGAUAUGGGAGAGGAUUUUGAAGCUACUCACCUGGGGAAGGGAUCUGCAUUUCAUGAUCAUGGACAUGACCAAGCACACCCAUCACUCAGCUUGGCAUUCAAUGCAUAAUGUGCUAUGUGGAGGGGCAAAAUUUCAGGAGAAAAUGUUGGAGAAUUUGAUGAAAGAUGGAGUGAAAAUUUGUGUUAUACAAGGCGAUAACGACAAGGUUAUCCCUUUGGAGUGUGGCAAAAACAUCAAGAGUAAGGUUCCUAAUGUAGAAAUCAGUAUCAUCUCAAAUGCUGGUCAUCUUAAUGUAAUAAUGGGUAGAGAGAAGGAUUUUACUAGGGAUUUAGAGCUUAUAUGGGCCUCAUUUGCUGAUACUGAAUAACUCUUUUCUUUUCUGAAGCAUUGUUUAUACAAAAAAAAAAAAAAAAAAUGGAAGUUUGAUUUUGUGUAAUAUAUGCUUACUAAACAAAAUUAAAAAUUUAGCUUGAAUUUGACUUGUUUAUAUACAUAUAAACAAAUUGAUGUUGUACUAGCUUCUCCAAAUGGUUGGAUAUGAAUAAUGAAAUAGGAAAUAGAUUUAGGUAUCAAGAAGUUGAGUAUAAAUAUUGAUGAUCUGAGAUUCAGAGAAAUAGGGUUUUUACAAUGGGUUCUGUAAAAGUUAGAAAAAGCUUAAACCUAGAAGAGAACAUUUCUCCUUUUAUAGGUUUCAUUUUGUCCGCUAGUGACGUGCCGAUAGAACGAAUAUUAGUAGACCACCUGUCCCUGCCACGCUGAUACGGACAUAAGAAGGAAUUAAAUCUCUGCCCCAUGCAUAACGGCUUCUGAUCCUCUCCAGGCUCGGGUAGGCGGGUCUACAAGAUGGGUGGACGAAUCCUCUUUCGGGUUCUGGGCUGGGCCGAAGAGUGAGGCCUAAAUGGAAUCGGCCUAAGGAGUAGAGGUGGCGUGGCCGGCCUGAUGAGGGGGCCGGAUGAACCUGGUCGUGAGGCUUAGUGGACUGGACCCAAUUGGCGUGAAUGGCUUGAGAAUCUCUGAGCAGUGGGCUAUUUUCAUGGGCCUAGCCCUAGACGGGGAUGAGGUGAACUCAGGGGUCAUCAAAUAUAAUUGUUAUAAGUGUAGUCAUAAUAACGUGUUUCACCUAUUUUAUUGGAAUUGUAUUUGAAUUAUGAUUUAUGGGAUGUUUGUAUGAUUCAUUGUACUGACUUGUUGGCCACUGAGCUUCAGGUUUUAGGUUUCACACUUUUUUUUUUAUGGGGUACAUUAUAAAUUAGCAUGUUGUAGUG